AUGUUUUUUGACACCGAAAUACCAAGAGCCUUGACGACGGCACGUCACGAGAAACCAGACGACUUUGUGAAUGCUUGGCGCGUCUUGCGCUGCAAGUACGAUGAGAGGUUCCCGACGACUUCCUCGCAGCGUGAAGCCAGAGAUCUGGUUAAAUCCCUGUUUACCGUCCAAGACAAAGACCCUCAUCAAUAUUCAACUGCUGCAGCGGCCUUCGGACGCAUAGAGAAGUCGGACGCAAAAGGAGGCCACGCUAGCCAAGGCGUCUUGUCUACCUUGCUCGGUCAACACGCCAGGUUUUCUGCGAUGAACGGCAAGUAUCUUGCGCCAUACUCGACAAUUGUGGGGCCAUCGGGAAUAGGGAAGUCGUUUUCCAUCACGAUCGCAAAGUGCUGCAAAGAGGUUGGCAUAACGGCCGCAGGCCUCUUCGAACUGCUGACAGGAAGCACAAAGGAAGUCGCUGCUCUGCGCCAGAAGCUAGAAGGGUUGUUCAAUACUACUUUAGUCGACGUUUCGACUGUUCACAACAUGCUUGACCAGUUAAAGGCCAGCCUCGAAGCGUUGGGGCUAAACUCGCCUCCGAUCUCGCCGCUUGAGGACAAGACGCAGCCUGUCAUUAUCUGCUUUGACGAAGCUAGGGCACUUCUGGACGACGGCACAAACUCUGCUUUUCGGAGCUUGCGGAGGGCUGCAAAAACCAUUGUUGAAGGCAACGACGAGAAGGAGACAAAGGAAGCAAAGGCACCCUUCUUCAUUGUUUUGCUCGACACGACUUCUAGAAUAAGCAAUUUCACGCCCUUAGACCGAUACGACCAAAGUGCGAAGGUUCUAAAGGAUGAACUUUUACAUUUGCUCUCCUAUCCUAGCCGAGGCUAUGGUGGCAUCAUCGAUGCGAUACUUGAUCUCAAUUUCACCAGACAGGAACAGCCUGGUGACGACGCAGCCAAGUGA